GUGUGAUCUGGGAGACACUGAAUAAUGUAUCAGCUGGUGUCCAAACUGUACCACAAGUACAUCAGGGGGCCCUUGUUCGGAGACGUGGAUCAAAGUGGCAACUUUGAGGGGGAUAAUGGGAAAAUCCGUCUCCAUAACAACAUCCGGGAAGCCGGGAAGCAGCUGCAGAAUGAGGCCCUGCCCGUCAGGAAGAGGAUUGAGGCCGCCCACAGUCUGGGAGUGUUCGGAUACACAGGUGGCUACGAGGCAGGCAAGAUCGCGGCGGACUUCCUGCCCACGCUGGUGCAGCUGCUGACCGAGAAGUGGGCGGAGCUUGGCGACGAGCACCUGACGCUGCUGCUGGAGGCGCUGAGCACCGUGUGCUACGGUCACCUUAGCAACCAGGCGCGCGCAUGCUCGCUGGGCCUCGUGGCGGCGCUGCCCCCGAUGCUAACGCCCGCCGCGCCGCACGGCCCCAAGGUCCAGAUGUGGGCCUGCUACCUGCUGGACGUGCUCUGCUGCAGCUACGUGUCCACCAUGCGGGCGCUGGAGCAGCAGGCCGGUCUGCAGGCGAGUCUGGAGCUGCUGGAGGCCCAGGACUGGACCGGCUGGCCCCGGAACUACGCCACCGUUCUACUGCUGGUGCUGGGGUUCCGGCCCGUAGAACCCACCGAGGAACACUACUGAUGG